AUGGGAUUUCAUAACGUUGAAAAUAUAUCAGAUAUUAAGAAAUUAAAGACAUUGAAAAACGAUCAAAAAAAUGUAAAUAAUUUCCCACGAAUAUGCAAUGAUAAUAUAACAUUGUGUGUAAGUAAUUCAAAUCAACUUUAUUUAUAUAAUAAGUCCAUUGAUAUUUGUGAUAAUAAUAAAAAAAAAAAAAAAAAAAAAAAAAAAAAAAAAUUUAUAUCACAUAAUUAUAAAAAUGAAAUAGUAAAUUUAAUAAACCAUGAUAACAAUAAUAUUUAUCAAGAUCAAUCACAUAAAUGUAUACUCCAUAUGAAUAGUGACGACGUAUGUGUAUCUCCUAAUAAUAAUGCGCAAAAAAAAUUAUAUCAAGAGGAUAUUCAUAUGAUAAAUGAAAAAUCACUAUUACAAACACAAGAAAUAAUAGAAAAAAAUGGUAGACAAGAUAUUAUAAAUACAAAUUAUCAAAAUGUAAUGUUAGAAAUACAAGAUCAUGAAGAAACUAAUUUAAUACAAAAUAUCGAAAAGGAUAUCGAACAAACUAUCUUUUCAGGAUUAUCAACAUCCUGUCCGUUAGAUAAAGAGAAAUAUUUAUAUCAUUCAAAUGAUUUAAGUGAUAUUAAUUAUGUAUGUGAAGAUGAAAUACAUAGUUUAAUUUCUCCUGACGAAGAAAAAAAAAAUACUCUCCAGAGUUUAUCAAACCAAAAUUUGGAAAUUGGAUAUCAAUUAAAUUCAAAUGAUGAAGAUGGAUAUAUAAUAGACAAUGAUGAGGACCACCAUAAUAAGGAAAAUAAUAAGGAAAAUAAUAAUGAAAAUAAUAAGGAAAAUAAUAAUGAUUAUAAUAGUGAUUAUAAUAGUUAUAAUAAUAGUUAUAAUAAUAGUUAUAAUAAUAGUUAUAAUAAUAGUCAUAUUAAUAGUCAUAAUAAUAGUCAUAAUAAUAGUCACAACAAUAGUGAUAACAAUAGUGAUAACAAUAGUGAUGAUGAUAAAGAAAUUAAGAAUAUAUUAAAUGUAUUAAAUAAUUUAAGAAAUUAUAAAUUUCAUGAUACAGAUAAUUUAGACAAUGAUGAGAAUUAUGAAUCCUUUGAUAAUCAUCCUGAUGUUUAUAAAACAUCAAAUAAUAAUAUGAAUGAAGAUGAUAAAGAUAAUACAAACGAUAUGAAUAAUAUUUAUCAUGAUCAAAAUAUACCUUUUCUAAAAAACGAAUAUACAUAUGAUAAUGUUCUCUCUAAGGAAGAUAAAGAAAAUAUCGAUUUACAAAAAAUAAAAGAUAAAUAUGAAAAGUUUGCCCUCAAUCUUAAUCACAAAAUGGAUGAUAAUAAUAAUAAUAAUAUGUUAAGUGAACUAAAUUAUUAUACAGACAAUAAUAAAAAUGAUGUAUGUCAACAGAAGGAGAAAAAUCAAAUUCAUUAUGAAACAUCACAAGAAGAAAAAAAAAUUAUUUUUAAUGAAAUAGUAAAUUAUGAUAACUGUACAUAUCAACAAGUAGACAACAAAAAAAAUGAUACUAUAAAUACACAUAUAUAUUCUUCAACAAAUGAUAAUAAUCAUAAAUAUAAUUCUGAAAAAGAAUUAAUAAUUUGUAAAAAUAAUAUAAAUUGUGUAAAAAAUAAGGAAGUAAAUAUAAUCAAUGAUAAAAUAAAAUAUCAUACAAAUGAUAAUACAAAUGAUAAUACAAAUGAUAAUACAAAUGAUAAUACAAAUGAUAAUACAAAUGAUAAUACAAAUGAUAAUACAAAUGAUAAUAUAAAUGAUAAUACAAAUGAUAAUAUAAAUGAUAAUACAAAUGAUAAUACAAAUGAUCAUAUAAACAUUUAUAAACAAACAAAAAAUACUUAUGAUAUUAAUCAAGAACAUAUCAAACAAUCCAAUAUUUAUAGUGAAGAACAAAAUAAAGAAAUAGGUCAUUUUAGUAAGAUAAAAGAGGAACUAGCCAUAUGUUCCAAUAAUUCGUCUAAAAAUUCUGAACAAGUCAGGAAAAAAAAAUUAUUAAAAGAAAAUAUGAACAAUUUGAAUAAUGUUAAUAAAAAUGAUGAGACAAAUAUGAUAUAUGAUAAUAAAGAAACUGUAUUGGAAAAAGAAAAUGGAUAUAUUAAUACAUAUAAUAAUAAUAAUAAUAAUAAUAUAUAUAGUAAUAACAAUAUAUAUAAUAAUUGUAAUAAUUAUGAUGUGUGUGCAAAAUCAAAUAUCAUGAAUGUCAAUUUAGAGAACUAUAAUAUAAUUGACACCACUAAAUAUAUUUUUCAGGAGAAUAAUAAAGACAUAUCUAAUGAUAUAAAGAAUGACAUUAAAAAUAUAAACUUACAGAAAGAAGAAGACUUUGAAUUUGAUUCGUAUCUAAAUAAAUUAAAUAAUUUGAAAAGUAUGCUUCAUGAAAAUGAGAGCGAUAGCGACAAUUAUGAUGAUGAAAAUGAAGACAUAAAUUUAGAAGAAAGCAAUGAUAUUACAGAUGAAGAAGGAAAGAUAAAUGAUGUAGAUUAUGAUAAAGAAUUAAGUAUUGAUAUGGAUGCAGACGUAGAUAUUGAUGCAGAAGUAGAUAUUGAUGCAGACGUAGAUAUUGAUGCAGACGUAGAUAUUGAUGCAGACGUAGAUAUUGAUGUUGAUGUUGAUGUUGAUGAUCAAAGGAGUAAUCAAAAUAUGUACAAUGAAAAAAAGAAGAAAGAAAAAAGGGAUUACAUAAAAAUGAAACAAAAUGAAAGCAAAGAAAGAAAAAUUAAAAAUAACAAUAAUAAAUAUAAUAAUAAUAAAAAAAAUGACGAUGAUUAUAUUGAUAAUAAUAAUAACAAUAUGAUCGUUGAAUAUAUCAACAGUGAUGACCAUACAUACAACCAAACAGACAUUCAAUAUUCAAAUUAUACAAAUAAUAAUUAUAAUGUAUUAGAUAAAUUUACAAGUGAUAAACAGACAAAUAAUAAUAAAAAGAAUAAUAAAAAAAAUAAUGAAAAGAAUAAUUAUUAUUAUAAGCCUGAAGAUAUUUUAUUGCUAGAAAAAAAAAAUAAUGCUCUAAAUAAACAAGUGAAAUAUUUAGAAAAACAAAUAUUGAUACAGAAGAAAAAAGAAAUGAUCUUUUGUAAAAAUAAAGAGAAAUACAAAAAGAAAAAGAUAUCUCUAAUUAAUGAAUAUGAAAAAAAACUUGACAAUAUAAUUAUAGAUUUCAACAAGCUUAAAGAAAACUGUAUAAAUAAAGAAAAGAAGCUAGCUAAAAUGGAAGAUAUAACAAAAUAUAUUAAUGAACAAUUCUCAAUAAGCAAAAUACAAUUUGAAAAUAAAAUGAAUGAAUAUGUAAUAUUUUUAAAAAAGAAAGAUUCAGAAAUAUAUAUGUUAAAAGAAUUAAUAAAAGAAAAGGAAAAAACGAUAUUAUAUAAUGACAAUAUUUUGAAACAAUAUAAAAAAGAUGUAGAUGAUAUAUUAAAAGACAAUAUAGUCAAAAUUGAUGAUAUAAAAAAAAAACUGAAAACACAAGAAGAUAUCAUAUCUCAAAAAGAUAGACAAAUACUAAUGUUAGAAAAUAAUUUAAAAAUAGGAACAGAUAAAAUUAAUAAAUUUGAUAAUGAAAUACAAAAAUUACAAUAUAAAAUAAAUAUACAUAUAGAAAAAGAAACAGAACUAAAAAAAACAAAUGAUAUAGAAAAAGAAAAAAAUAGUAAAUUAUCAAAUCAAUUCGAUAUUUUAAAUAAAGAAAAUAAUAAUUUACAUAACAAAAUUGAAAUGUUAUUAAAAAAUGAAAAAGAAAUUAGUACAGAGAAUAUUAAAUUAAUUGAAACAAAUAAAACUUUAUUCAUUGAAAAUGAAAAAUUAUCAAACGAUAUAAAAAAUAUAUUAAAUGAAAAAGAAAAAAUAGAAGAUAAUUAUAAUAAAAUUAAUAAUGAAAAUAUUAAAAUAGUAGAAGAACUUCAAUCAUAUAAAGAAAUAAAAGAAAAACAAAUAAACGAAAUAACACAAAUGAAAGAACAAAUACAUAAUCUAGAUAAACAUAUUUCUCAAUUACAAAUAGAAAAAAAUAAUUUGGAAGAAUCCUAUAUAAAAGAAAAAAAUGAAAAUGAAAAAAUAUCAAAUAUAUUAGAAGAAAAAUCUAAAGAAUUGUCUACUUAUGAAAUUAAUAAAAAUAUAAAUGAAAUAAAAAUUGAAGAACUAGAAAAAGAUAAAGAAAAUAUACUCUUAACAACAAAAAAUGAAAUUAAUAAUAUAAAAGAAGAAUAUAAAAUUUUACAACAACAUUUAGAAGAUACAAAUGUAUUAUAUGAAAAAGAAAAGCUAGCUAUAGAUACGAUUACUAAAGAAAAAAAUAAUAUUAUUCAUGAAUGUGAUAAAAUAAAAAAUAAAAAUAAAAAACUUAAUAACAAAUUAAAAGAAAAUCAAAUCAAUUAUGAAAACACAUUAAAUAAUAUAAAAAAAGAAAAUCAACAAAUUAUAGAAAGAGAAAAAAAAAGUUUUACACAAAAAGUUCAAUCCUUAGAACAUGCAUUCAAACAAUCUUAUAAUCAAUUAAAAGAUCAAAAUGAAAACUUACACAAACAAAUAAAACAAUUAAAAAAUGUAAAUGAAGAUAUUAAAACAAAUUCUAAAAAUCUUAAAAAUGUAAAUGAUCUCUUAAUUAAAGAAACCAAAAAUUAUUCAGAAGAAAAAGAAAAAUUUAUUAAAGGAUUAAAAAAUAUUAAACAAGCAUAUAUCAAAUUAAAAAAUGAUAAUCAACAAUUAAAAAAUAAUGCUUUUGAAUAUAUCAAAAAAGAAGUACAAGAAAAUUAUGUUACUCUCACUGUUCAUAAUAAUCUAUUAAAUGAACAAAAAAAAUUACAAGUAGAAAUUGAUAUACUCAAAUCUCAAAUAGAUCAAAAACAAAAUAUUAUAAAUAAUAUGAAUGAACAAAUUUCAGAUGCUAAUCAUAAAAUUUCAUCUAUAAAUAAAGAAAACGAUGAACUAAACACAACCAUAAAGAUCAAAAAUAAAAUAACUGAAGAUGUAAAUUUAAGUGUAGAGAAAUUGAAGACUGAACUGAACUCUAAAGAUGAUGAAGUAAAAAAAAAGACAAUCGAAAUUAAACAAAAAGAAAGAGAAUAUAAAAAAUUAUUAGAAGAUUAUAAAACAGAAAAAAAAAAUCUAGUAACAAAAUAUGAAAAGGAAUUAGAUUCUUAUAUGACUAAAUAUGAAUUUUCCCAUGCAAAAUAUAAGCAAUAUGAAGAAGAGAUUAAGGAUUUAAAAAAUAAGUUAAAAGUCAAAGAUGAAGUAAUUGAAUAUACUCACAAGGAAAUUGAAAAUAUAAAAGAAUCCUUCUGCAACGAAUAUGAGAAUAAAAUUAAAACACUUGUCGAGGAGAAAGACAAGGAAAUCAGCACAAUACAAAAAAAAUGUAAAGAGUUACGUCAAGAUAAUACGACCAAUAAAAAUGAAAUCGUCAAAUUAAAUAAAAUGCUAGAGGAAACUAAUAAGAAGAUUAAAAAAAGAGAUAUGGAAAUGUAUAUCUUAUUAGAAGAAAAUAAAAAACAAAAAGAAAAAGCAGCAAAAAAAAUGACAAAGGUCAAUGCAUUGUUAAAUAAUCUUCAUAAAGAAUAUACUGAUAAUAUACCAUAA